GAGUGUGGCCGCCGGAAACCCGGCUGCCGCCUUGGGGGAGCUUCGGGCGAAGGCCUGGGAGCCGCGGACCGAGGCUGGCGCGAUGCUGUGCCCGGGAAGCGCAGUCGGCUACCGCUGAGGAAGGUGGAGCGAGGCGUUGCCCUUCCAGCGCCCCCUAUGUUCGCCUCCUCGCGCUCGGGGCCGGUCGCCGCUCUGCCCGCCUCGGUCCCACCACCGGUGACUCUCGGGGCCCGGAGCUCCAGCGGCGGCCGGGACCGAGUCCCGCGGGAGGGGAGGCGCCCGGGCGGCGCCCGCGCUUGCGGCCGCGGAGCGAGCGUCUGGCAGGAAGUACUUAAACAGCUACAGGGAAGUAUUGAAGAUGAAACUAUGACUUCUUCUGGACAGAUUGACUUACUAGAGCGUCUUAAAGAAUUUAACUUAGACAGCAAUUUCCCUGGAGUGAAACUACACUCAAAAAUGUCCCUUCGCUCCUAUGGAAGUCGGGAAGGAUCGGUAUCAAGCCGUUCAGGAGAAUGCAGUCCUGUUCCCAUGGGGUCAUUCCCAAGAAGAGCAUUUGUAAAUGGAAGCAGAGAAAGUACUGGAUAUUUGGAAGAGCUUGAAAAAGAAAGAUCAUUACUCCUUGCUGAUCUUGACAAAGAAGAAAAGGAAAAAGACUGGUAUUAUGCUCAACUUCAGAACCUCACAAAAAGAAUAGAUAGCCUGCCUUUAACUGAGAACUUUUCCUUACAAACAGAUAUGACAAGAAGACAACUGGAAUAUGAAGCAAGGCAGAUCAGGGCUGCAAUGGAGGAGCAGCUUGGCACCUGCCAGGACAUGGAGAAGCGAGCACAGCGAAGAAUAGCCAGAAUUCAGCAAAUAGAGAAGGACAUACUUCGUGUACGACAGCUUUUACAGUCCCAAGCAGCUGAAGCAGAGAGGUCAUCUCAGAGCAAGCAUGAAGCUGCUGCCUCCCAUGAAGCUGAACGGCAGCAUGAAGGUCCAGGAGUGGCCGAAAGCAACAUGGCAACUUCUGGUAGUGGCCAGAGUUCAGCCACACGAGUGGAUCAUGAAACAGCCAGUGUUCUGAGUUCUGGCAGCACACACUCUGCUCCUCGAAGGCUGACAAGUCAUCUGGGGACCAAGGUGGAAAUGGUGUACUCAUUGUUGUCAAUGCUUGGUACUCAUGAUAAGGACGAUAUGUCGCGAACUUUGCUAGCUAUGUCUAGCUCCCAAGACAGCUGUAUAUCCAUGCGACAGUCUGGAUGUCUUCCUCUCCUCAUCCAGCUUUUACAUGGCAAUGACAAAGACUCGGUAUUGUUGGGAAAUUCCCGGGGCAGUAAAGAGGCUCGGGCCAGGGCCAGUGCAGCACUCCACAACAUCAUUCACUCACAGCCUGAUGACAAGAGAGGCAGGCGUGAAAUCCGAGUCCUUCAUCUUUUGGAACAGAUACGCGCUUACUGUGAAACCUGUUGGGAGUGGCAGGAAGCCCAUGAACAAGGCAUGGACCAGGACAAAAAUCCAAUGCCCGCUCCUGUUGAACAUCAGAUCUGUCCUGCUGUGUGUGUUCUAAUGAAACUGUCAUUUGAUGAAGAGCAUAGACAUGCAAUGAAUGAACUUGGUAGGAAGGCUACCCGGGGCAUUUCAUCACAGGAGCUAGGUCAGGGGCUUUCAGGGGGACUACAGGCCAUUGCAGAAUUAUUACAGGUGGACUGUGAGAUGUAUGGGCUCACUAAUGACCACUACAGUAUUACUUUGAGACGGUAUGCUGGAAUGGCUUUGACAAACUUGACCUUUGGAGAUGUUGCCAACAAGGCUACGCUGUGUUCGAUGAAAGGCUGCAUGAGAGCACUCGUGGCCCAGUUAAAAUCGGAAAGUGAAGACUUACAGCAGGUUAUUGCAAGUGUUUUGAGGAAUUUGUCUUGGCGAGCAGAUGUAAAUAGCAAAAAGACAUUGCGAGAAGUUGGAAGUGUGAAAGCAUUGAUGGAAUGUGCUUUGGAAGUUAAAAAGGAAUCGACCCUGAAAAGUGUCUUGAGUGCCUUAUGGAACCUGUCCGCUCACUGCACGGAGAAUAAAGCUGACAUCUGUGCUGUGGACGGAGCACUUGCGUUUUUGGUUGGCACGCUCACUUACCGAAGCCAGACAAAUACUCUAGCCAUUAUCGAAAGUGGAGGUGGAAUAUUACGAAAUGUGUCCAGCUUGAUAGCUACAAAUGAAGACCACAGGCAAAUCCUAAGAGAGAACAAUUGCCUGCAGACUUUACUGCAGCACUUGAAAUCUCACAGCUUGACAAUAGUCAGUAAUGCGUGUGGAACUCUGUGGAAUCUCUCAGCAAGAAACCCUAAAGACCAGGAGGCUUUGUGGGACAUGGGGGCAGUGAGCAUGCUCAAGAACCUCAUUCAUUCCAAGCACAAAAUGAUCGCCAUGGGAAGUGCUGCAGCUUUAAGGAACCUCAUGGCAAACAGACCUGCAAAGUACAAGGACGCCAAUAUCAUGUCUCCUGGUUCGAGUCUGCCAUCUCUUCAUGUCAGGAAACAAAAGGCCCUGGAAGCAGAGUUAGAUGCUCAGCAUUUAUCAGAAACCUUUGACAACAUUGACAAUUUAAGUCCCAAGGCAUCUCAUCGUAAUAAGCAGAGACACAAGCCAAAUCUUUAUGGUGACUAUGUUUUUGACACCAGUCGACAUGAUGAGACUAGGUCAGACGGUUUUAAUACUGGAAACAUGACUGUUCUUUCACCAUAUUUAAACACUACAGUAUUGCCCAGCUCUUCAUCAUCGAGGGGAAGUUUAGACAGUUCUCGUUCUGAAAAAGACAGAAGUUUAGAGAGAGAACGAGGUAUUGGCCUCAGCACUUACCAUUCAGCAACAGAAAAUCCAGGAACCUCUUCCAAACGAGGCUUGCAGAUCUCUGGCAGUGCAGCCCAGAUCGCCAAAGUUAUGGAAGAAGUAUCAGCCAUUCAUGCCUCCCAGGAAGACAGAAGCCCCGCUUCUGCCACUGAGUUCCACUGUGUGACGGAGGAGAGGAAUGCAGCACGAAGAAGCUCUGCCCCCCAUACACAUCCAAACACAUACAACUUUACCAAAUCAGAAAAUUCUAAUAGGACAUGCUCUAUGCCUUAUGCCAAAGUGGAAUAUAAGAGAUCUUCCAAUGACAGUUUAAAUAGUGUCAAUAGUAGCGAUGGGUAUGGUAAAAGAGGUCAGAUGAAACCCUCGGUCGAAUCCUAUUCUGAGGAUGAUGAAAGUAAGUUUUGCAGCUAUGGUCAGUAUCCAGCUGACCUAGCCCAUAAGAUACAUAGUGCAAAUCAUAUGGAUGAUAAUGAUGGAGAGCUGGAUACACCAAUAAAUUACAGUCUGAAAUACUCAGAUGAGCAGUUGAACUCUGGAAGGCAGAGUCCCUCACAGAAUGAAAGAUGGGCAAGACCGAAGCAUGUAAUAGAAGAUGAAAUAAAGCAAAAUGAGCAAAGACAGUCAAGGAGCCAGAACACCAGUUAUCCUGUCUACUCCGAGAACGCUGACGACAAACACCUCAAGUUCCAGCCACAUUUUGGACAACAGGAGUGUGUUUCCCCGUACAGGUCUAGGGGAACCAGUGGUUCAGAAACCAGUCGCAUGGGUUCUAGUCAUGCAGUCAAUCAGAAUGUAAGCCAGUCUGUGUGUCAGGAAGACGACUAUGAAGAUGACAAGCCUACGAACUACAGCGAGCGUUAUUCUGAGGAAGAGCAACACGAAGAAGAGGAGGAGAGACCGACGGACUAUAGUAUAAAAUAUAACGAAGAAAAACACCAUGUGGACCAGCCUAUUGAUUAUAGCUUAAAAUAUGCCACCGACAUUUCUUCCUCACAGAAGCCAUCGUUUCCAUUCUCAAAGAACUCAUCAGCACAAAGCACUAAAACUGAACAUCUCUCUCCAAGCAGCGAGAAUACAUCCACACCUUCAUCUAACGCCAAAAGGCAGAAUCAGCUGCAUCCAAGUUCAGCACAGAGAAAUGGUCAGACUCAGAAAGGGACCGCUUGCAAAGUCCCCUCCAUCAACCAAGAAACAAUACAGACUUACUGUGUAGAAGACACCCCCAUAUGUUUCUCCAGGUGCAGUUCAUUAUCGUCUCUGUCAUCGGCUGAAGAUGAAAUAGGAUGUGAUCAGACACCACAGGAGGCAGAUUCUGCUAAUACUCUGCAGAUAGCAGAAAUCAAAGAGAAUGAUGGAACUCGAUCCACUGAAGAUCCUGCAAGUGAAGUUCCAGCUGUGUCUCAGAAUGCUAGAACGAAACCCAGCAGACUCCAGGCUUCUGGCUUACCUUCAGAAUCAACCAGGCAUAAGGCUGUUGAAUUUUCUUCAGGGGCCAAGUCUCCCUCCAAAAGUGGUGCUCAGACACCCAAAAGUCCCCCAGAACACUAUGUCCAGGAGACGCCACUGGUGUUCAGCAGAUGCACUUCCGUCAGCUCCCUUGACAGUUUUGAGAGUCGCUCCAUUGCUAGCUCUGUUCAGAGUGAGCCAUGCAGUGGAAUGGUGAGUGGCAUCAUAAGCCCCAGUGACCUUCCAGAUAGCCCGGGGCAGACCAUGCCACCAAGUAGAAGCAAAACCCCUCCGCCGCCGCCUCCACAGACAGUCCAGACCAAGAGAGAGGCACCAAAAACGAAGGUGCCCGCUGGUGAGAAGAGAGAGAGCGGCCCUCAGCAGACUGCUGUCAGCGCUGCAGUCCAGAGGGUCCAGGUCCUUCCAGACGCCGAUACUCUACUGCACUUUGCCACAGAAAGUACUCCAGAUGGCUUCUCUUGUUCAUCUAGCCUGAGCGCUCUGAGCCUCGAUGAACCAUUUAUACAGAAAGAUGUGGAGUUAAGAAUAAUGCCUCCAGUUCAGGAGAAUGACAAUGGGAAUGAGACUGAACCGGAGCAGCCUGAAGACUCAAAUGAAAACCAGGACAAAGAGGUAGAAAAACCUGAUUCUGAAAAAGACUUACUAGAUGAUUCAGAUGAUGAUGAUAUUGAAAUAUUAGAAGAAUGUAUUAUUUCAGCCAUGCCAACCAAGUCAUCACGCAAAGCCAAAAAGCUAGCCCAGACUGCUUCAAAAUUACCUCCACCUGUGGCAAGGAAACCAAGUCAGCUGCCUGUGUACAAACUUCUGCCAUCACAGAACAGGCUGCAGGCACAAAAGCAUGUUAGCUUUACACCAGGAGAUGAUAUGCCCCGCGUGUACUGUGUAGAAGGGACACCUAUCAACUUUUCCACAGCGACAUCUCUAAGCGACCUGACCAUAGAAUCCCCUCCAAAUGAGUUGGCUGCUGGAGACGGGGUUAGAGCAGGUCCACAGUCAGGCGAAUUUGAAAAGCGAGAUACCAUUCCUACAGAGGGCAGAAGUACAGACGAAGCCCAGAGGGGGAAAGUCUCAUCUGUAGUGACGCCAGACCUGGACGACAGCAAAGCGGAGGAGGGGGAUAUUCUUGCAGAAUGUAUCAACUCUGCUAUGCCCAAGGGAAAAAGCCACAAGCCUUUGCGAGUGAAGAAGAUAAUGGACCAGGUCCAGCAAGCAUCAGUGACUUCAUCUGGAACUAACAAAAAUCAAGUAGACACUAAGAAAAAGAAGCCCACGUCACCAGUAAAACCCAUGCCACAAAAUACUGAAUACAGAACACGUGUGAGGAAGAAUACAGACUCAAAAGGUAACGUAAAGGUUGAAGAAACUUUCUCAGACAACAAAGACUCAAAGAAACAGAACUUGAAAAACAACCCCAAGGACUUCAAUGAUAAGGUACCAAACAAUGAAGACCGAGUCCGAGGAAGCUUUACCUUCGAUUCACCGCAUCACUACACUCCUAUUGAAGGAACUCCGUACUGUUUCUCACGAAAUGAUUCUUUGAGUUCUCUAGAUUUUGAUGAUGACGAUGUUGACCUUUCCCGGGAAAAGGCCGAGUUAAGAAAGGGAAAAGGAAGUAAGGAUUCAGAAGCCAAAGCUACCUGCCACACAGAACCAGCCUCAAGUCAGCAGUCAGCUGGUAAGUCACAAGCUAGUGCAAAACAUCCGGUCAACCGGGCACAGUCUAAACCAGUGCUUCAGAAACAACCCACCUUCCCCCAGUCCUCCAAAGACUUGCCAGACAGGGGGGCAGCCACAGAUGAGAAACUGCAGAGUUUUGCUAUUGAAAAUACUCCAGUUUGCUUUUCUCGAAAUUCCUCUCUGAGUUCCCUCAGUGACAUCGACCAAGAAAACAACAAUAACAAAGAAAAUGAACCAAUUAAAGAAGCUGAACCUACUAAUGCACAAGGAGACCCGAGUAAGCCUCAGGCAUCUGGGUACGCGCCCAAGUCUUUUCAUGUUGAAGACACCCCUGUCUGCUUCUCAAGAAACAGCUCUCUGAGCUCUCUCAGCAUUGACUCUGAAGAUGACCUGUUGCAGGAGUGUAUAAGUUCUGCAAUGCCAAAAAAGAAAAGGCCUUCAAGACUCAAGGGUGAUAGUGAAAAGCACAGCCCCAGAAACAUGGGUGGCAUUCUAGCUGAAGAUCUGUCCCUUGACUUGAAAGAUAGCCAGAGGCCAGACUCAGAACAUGGUUUAUCUCCUGAUUCAGAAAACUUUGACUGGAAAGCCAUUCAAGAAGGUGCAAACUCCAUAGUAAGUAGUCUGCACCAGGCUGCUGCUGCCGCUGCCUGCUUAUCUAGACAGGCUUCCUCUGAUUCAGAUUCCAUUCUGUCACUGAAGUCAGGCAUUUCCCUGGGGUCACCUUUUCAUCUUACCCCUGAUCAAGAGGACAAACCCUUCACAAGUAAUAAAGGCCCAAGAAUUCUCAAACCUGGGGAGAAAAGCACAUUAGAAACAAAAAAGAUAGAAUCUGAAAAUAAAGGAAUCAAAGGUGGGAAAAAGGUCUAUAAAAGUUUGAUUACUGGAAAGAUUCGAUCUAAUUCAGAAAUUUCCAGCCAAAUGAAACAGCCCCUCCAGGCAAACAUGCCUUCAAUCUCGAGAGGCAGGACCAUGAUUCACAUCCCAGGGGUUCGGAAUAGCUCCUCCAGUACAAGUCCUGUUUCUAAAAAAGGCCCACCCCUCAAGACUCCAGCCUCCAAAAGCCCCAGUGAGGCCCCGGCAGCCACCACUUCCCCUAGAGGAAACAAGCCAUCAGUGAAAUCGGAGCUGAGCCCUAUUACCAGGCAAACUUCCCAAAUCAGUGGGUCAAACAAGGGGCCUUCUAGAUCAGGGUCUAGAGACUCCACCCCCUCAAGACCUGCACAGCAGCCAUUAAGUAGGCCAAUGCAGUCCCCGGGGCGGAACUCCAUCUCCCCUGGUCGAAAUGGAAUAAGCCCUCCUAACAAACUGUCUCAGCUGCCCAGAACAUCAUCUCCGAGCACUGCUUCAACUAAGUCCUCGAGUUCUGGGAAAAUGCCCUAUACAUCCCCAGGUAGGCAGAUGAGCCAACAAAACCUUACCAAACAAACAGGCUUAUCCAAGAAUGCCAGUAGUAUCCCAAGAAGCGAGUCCGCGUCUAAAGGACUGAAUCAGAUGAGUAACGGCAAUGGAGCUAAUAAAAAGGUAGAACUUUCUAGAAUGUCUUCAACUAAGUCAAGUGGAAGUGAAUCAGAUAGAUCAGAAAGACCUACAUUAGUACGCCAGUCUACUUUCAUCAAAGAAGCCCCAAGCCCGACCCUAAGGAGGAAACUGGAGGAAUCGGCCUCAUUUGAGUCCCUCUCUCCGUCUUCUAGACCAGAUUCUCCCACCAGGUCCCAGGCGCCAACCCCGGUCUUAAGCCCUUCUCUUCCUGACAUGUCUCUGUCCACACAUCCAUCUGUUCAGGCUGGUGGAUGGCGGAAGCUCCCACCCAAUCUCAGCCCCACCAUCGAGUAUAACGACGGGAGAGCAGCAAAGAGGCACGACAUCGCCCGCUCCCAUUCGGAGAGCCCUUCCCGACUGCCCAUCAACCGGGCGGGGACCUGGAAGCGGGAACACAGCAAGCACUCCUCGUCCCUUCCCCGAGUGAGCACCUGGAGAAGGACCGGAAGCUCCUCCUCGAUUCUUUCCGCCUCGUCCGAGUCCAGUGAAAAAGCCAAAAGUGAGGAUGAAAAGCAUGUGAGCUCCGUGCCAGGACCCAGACAGGUGAAAGAGACCCAGGUGCCCACAAAGGGGACGUGGAGGAAAAUAAAAGAGAGUGAAAUUUCCCCCACCAACAUGGCUUCUCAGACCGCUUCCUCAGGUGCUGCCAAUGGUGCUGAAUCAAAGACUCUGAUUUAUCAGAUGGCACCUGCUGUUUCUAAAACAGAGGACGUUUGGGUGAGAAUUGAGGACUGCCCCAUUAACAACCCUAGAUCUGGAAGAUCUCCCACAGGGAACACUCCCCCAGUGAUUGACAGUCUUUCAGAAAAGGGAAAUCCAAGCAUUAAAGAGUCAAAAGAUACCCAGGGAAAACAGAGUGUGGGCGGUGGCAGUCCUGUGCACACCGCGGGUCUGGAAAACCGCCUGAACUCCUUUAUUCAGGUAGACGCCCCAGAACAGAAAGGAGCUGAGACAAAGGCAGGACAGAGUAGUAACCCUGUCGCCGCCGCGGAGACCAGUGAGACCUGUGUAGUGGAGCGCACCCCCUUCAGUUCCAGUAGCUCCAGCAAACACAGUUCGCCUAGCGGGACUGUGGCUGCCAGAGUGACACCUUUUAAUUACAACCCCAGCCCGAGGAAGAGCAGUGCCGACAGCACUUCGGCCCGGCCAUCUCAGAUCCCAACACCAGUGGGCAGCAGCACCAAGAAGCGAGACUCCAAGACCGACAGCUCGGAGCCCAGCGGGGCCCAAAGCCCAAAGCGCCAUUCUGGGUCUUACCUCGUGACGUCCGUCUAGAAGCGUAAGAGGGACGAACGUAGGGAAAGCCGGCCUUCCUCACAACUGCUGUAUAGAGACUGUUUGAAAGAAGACGAGAGGUGGGAAAGUUCUGUAAAUAGGUUUGCUUCUUGUUAGAGGGGUUUUGUUCUGGCAGUCAUAUUUGAUAGUCCACUCUGUCCUCACUGGUCAUUUUGGAAGGCACUCUUGUUAGGUAGGAAGAAGAAGAAAACAAAAACCGGUAAAGCCAAGUAUAUUUGUACAGUAUGUUUUACAUGUAUUUAAGAAGCAUCCAUUCCAUGUCCUUUAAUUAUCGCUUGUCUUAACACUACAGAUAGAAACUAUAUGAUAUAUUGCUGUUAUCAAUCAUUUCUAGAUUAUAAAAUAAACUCACAUCAGGGAGAAAUUGGUAUUUAUGCAAAAAAUAGUCCUUGUGAAUCCAUCUAAUGUCAUAAUUAAUCAUGUGGCUGUGAAAUUCACAGUAAUAUGGUUCCCGGUGACUAUGUUUACCCAGCCUGCUUUGCUUUAGUGCAUGAAUGAAACUGACGACGGUUCAAUUUCAGAAGUAAUGAUUAAUGAUUCUGUGAUCACAUGUGUGCAUAGGAUAGCUACAGUGUAACGAUUCACACUAUUUUGUGCUCAAAUCUGUGUAACUGUAAAACAUGAAUGGAACUAUUUUAACUGAACUAGAUUUUAUGGAAAGUAGGUAGAAUUUUUGCUAUGCUGUAACUGUUGUAUAUUCUGGUAUUUGAGGUGAGAUGGCUGCUCUUUUAUUAAUGAGACAUGAAUUGUGUCUCAAACUAAAUGAACAUUUCAGAAUAAAUUAUUGCUGUAUGUAAACUAUUACUGAAAUUGGUAUUUGUUUGGAGGGUCUUAUUUCACAUUUGUAUUAAUAAUUGUCAAAAAGGCCUCUUUUAAAAGCUAAAUGUAAAUUUUUUUCUUCAGAUUCUAUGCAUUAAGAGUAAAAUUUCCUCUUACUGUAAUAAAGACAGUUGAAGAAGAUUGUUGGCACUUAACCAUUCCUAGAAUUUAUUUUUAUGUAAUUAGCACCUCUCAAUGUUUGAUAUUUCUCCACUUUUUUUUUUUUGUUUACUCCUUUGGAGUUUGAUUAAAACAAAUGCCUAUAAUAGCACAAGACUAGGCACUGGACACAUAGGCCCACAUAGAAUAUCUCCUUUUCCUUAAUAAGAUUCAUACUUGAAACAUUGACUUUUGACAGGUACCAGUCGUGUCUUUCAGGCUUCACAGUGCAACUGUCUUACCCUGUCAUCUUCUCCACGUUGACACUGGGUCUGAAAUUAAUGCCUAUUACCACCCUGUAUGUUAAAGCAGAUUUUUUGCAGCCAGGUAUAAUCAGUAUUUUCUCAUACUCAAAAAAGUCAACGAAAUGUCAAAAAGAUAAAUUUAAUGCUGUUAUGAUAAUUUUCGAAGAAAGAUGUUCAAAAGGGGCCAGUGAGAUGGCUCAGUGGCUAAGGGUGAUUGCCACCAAGCCCGAAGACCCAGUUCAGUUCACAGAACCCACCCACAAGGUCAAAGAACCAACUCUCUAAAGUUAUCCUGACUGCCACACACCUGCCAUGCCACGUGUGUGUGUGUGUGUGUGUGUGUGCGUGUGUGCGUGUGUGUGCGCGCACACGCGCGCGCGCACACAAUUUCAUAAGCUCUUCAAAAGGAUAUCUAGGGGUAACAAGAUGGCGCAGCAGGUGAAGCCUGGUGACCUGAGGCCUGUCCCCAGAAACUAAGUAAAAGUGGAAGCCGCCCUCUAACCUCCACACAUGUGCCAUAAUUAAUAAAUGGAAAGUCAAAAGAUUUCCUUCAUUUCUACCCUCUAAGGACAACUCUUUUUAAUGGGUACAGUGGUGGGAUGUUUUAAGUGCCCACUUCACGUAUGGCAGAGAGAGUCCGUCAUGAAUGAGAACACACUGAUACACUUCAUUAGCCAAGAGUUUGAAUUUUUGUCAAGCUUUAUCUGAAGUUUGUUUGUUUUUUAAACAAUAUUCCAUCAUGUUCUCCAAGGCUGCCAUAAGCAAUGGGAGAUGGGAAUAUAGGUCAGACCCGUCUCUUUCAUUCCUAGUUUUCCGUUAGAAUUACUGCACGCCAGUUUUUAAUAUGCCACUUCAAGUAGUCCUGUGGAAAGAGAUGAAGUAUUAGUUAGAAUAAAUUGCUUUUUAGUACAUGUCUUUAAAAAUCAAUGUUGGAAGCAAAAAGAGUUCACUCCACCCGUUGGAGACUAAAAUUCCAUGGCAGCCCCACUGGGAAGGGUCCGUGUUGUCACUGGAAGAUGAAGUUGUUGCAUGAGACCCUCUGGCUAAAGAGGUUUGCCUCAGUUCUGCUUUGAGAAGCUCACUGGGUGAUGUCUUAACUGGUAGAAGCCAAGUACUCCAGCUUCUGCUUCUGUGACAGCACGCUAAGCCCAGUGUUGAGGAUUGGUUACUAGUUAGGAUGCAGGUAAGAGGGCAGGAGCCUAUUUAGCUUUGGACCACAGCAAAGAAAACGAAAGGUAGCAGUUUUCAGACAGGCGUGUUUGGAUCACCAGAAAUACUUGUUAAAUCACAGCUGAGCCACAUACCCCAGUUUGAUAGAGUUGAUCUGGAGAGGGCUAUUAAGAAUUUGCAUCUCUAAUGAGUUUAGGGUGAUAUUGGGCUUACGGUAUGGGGGCCAUACUUGGAGAAUUACUGUCCUUCAUAGCCACGGCACAACUCUUAACGCCCAAACCAGCUGGACUUUUAAUCUGCCGACUUAACCUUCCUUGGCAUGAAUACUGAAUUGUCCAAUUUCAUAGCCUGUGUUAACUCACAGUAGGGAGUAAACUUGCCGCACUAACGCACACACAGUUCUCAACACACCCACUGCAUCUGAGGAUCAGCUCGUGUCCCCUUUGAAACGGCGCCUGUAAAAUGAGCCUUGACAAUAUGUAAUUUGGAUAUGCAGUAAGAGACUAUGAAAAGGGAAAUUCGAGAUGAGGGAAGACUGGUUGUAGGUGAAAGAGAAAUAAUCGGUGUGUUAGUGCACAGUAAAAGUGAUAUUAAAGUUAUUGAUAAUAAACUUUACAGGUUACCAGGGCACUAGUGAGGUAAAUAAUGAAAUAAAAGAUGGGCCCUGUGGGUACCAACCAGCCCUGUGAGUACGGUCAGAAUUGUCUUUAUUGUGUAGAAUGGAUCGUCUUACCACAGUUAAUUGAAAAAUGAGUUUGUUGCUGAAAACAGGAGACAGUUGCCAGGGUUUCUUUGCAGCCAAGAAAAGAAUAGAGUCCCAGAAAUGCAAGGAUUAAACUGCCUAAAGCUGAAGACGGGUUUGCAUGGUCAGAUAAGUAAAUCUACCAAACAACUUUUCAAGAGUCGAGGAGGCUAAAAUAGAGUGUGUGUUCUUUCUCACUUUCUAGUAAGCCUAUUUCCCUCCCAUGCUGACUUAGAAUACUGCUUUGUAAUGUGAAAAUCUGAACUGUGACUUCUGUAAACCCAGGUCAUUUUCCUGCUGUUCUCCUAACUCUGGUCUAUAAAAAUACGGUCUGCUUUCUGUUAGGUCAUGGAUGCAUCUUUCAAACUGUGUUCUGUAUGUGUAAUACUGUUCUUGGUGCUAAAUAUACUCUUUCCUCUGA